AUGGAAGACGACCCCCAACCCAACGACUCCCAAGUCGCCCUCGAGACACCGCCCACCUCGUCCAAGAUCUUCCUCCCACCAUCCAUCGACCGCCAGCCCCUACUCGCAGGCGCCUCAUCAACCUAUUUCUCCCCCGUCCCAUCCUCUCUCCAGCCGACAGAUCCCUCGAACCCAUCAUCCGCACCCGCAUGCGCCCUCGGCGUCGAUGAGGCCGGUCGCGGUCCCGUCCUGGGCCCCAUGGUCUACGGCGUCUUCUACCUCCCACUCCCGCUGUCCGACCCCCUGCUGCGCGAGACGCAUCACUUUGACGAUUCCAAGGUCCUCAAGCCAGACGUCCGCUCCGACCUGAUGCGCACGCUCUGCACAAACGGCUCAGAUCUACACGCCUCGUGCGGAUGGGCCACCAGCUCCCUCUCCGCGCGCGACAUUGGCGCCAACAUGCUCCGUCCCACGACCACCUACAACCUCAACGCCCAGGCCAUGGACGCCACCGUCGACCUCAUCCGGGGCGUCUACGCGCGCGGCGUCAACGUGCAGGAGAUCUACGUCGACACCAUCGGCCCGCCGGCCUCGUACCAGGCCAAGCUGCAACGGGUCUUCCCCACGGCCAAGAUUGUCGUCGCGAAGAAGGCGGACAGCCUGUACCCCUGCGUCAGCGCGGCCAGUGUAUGCGCCAAGGUGACGCGCGACGCGGCACUGGAGGUCCUGUACGAGGCCAGAGGGGAGGCCGCCGGCCGCGGUGAGGACGAGGGCAUGACGUGGGGGUCGGGCUAUCCGUCGGACGCGAGGUGUUCCAGCUGGCUGAGGGACAAUAUGCACCCCGUCUUUGGAUGGGGUCCAGAGUGUCGGUUUAGCUGGGGCACCGCAAAGGACAUGCUCGAUGCCAAGGGCAAAGGUGUCAAAGUGGACUGGCCAGAGGACGACGAUGGCGACACGACCAAGAUGACGGAUUACUUUGCAGGCGGCUCGGCGGACAAGGAUGUCACCCGCGAGCUGGGGAGUUGGUACGGCACAUUGGCCGGUCUCGAGGCUUUUUGA